AUGAACUCCUCUUGGAUCAGCGACUCCGCCGCAGUCCCCUCCGCAGUCCCCAAUCACAAUGGCAACGGCUUCCCCCAGCUCAGCGAUCCAUCUGCUGUCGCCGCCGGCAACAUGAUGGACCCGUCCGCUUUCAUGGCCAACCCAGCCCAGUUCAACGCGCAGUUCGCGAACCCGCAACAGAUCGUCAUGCAGCCCAACGGGCCCGGUCCUGGUGCCGGUCCUAGUGCUCCCGGCGCUCCUGGAGGCCCUGCUGGCCCCGCAGGGCCCAUGCGAAAUGCGUCACCCUCGUUCCCGAACCCCAUGUACCAGACGAACUCGGUCGUGCCGUCGAAGCGGCCCCGCCCGCGAGAGGAUGGCAUGGCCCAGUCGCCGCGCCCGGCACCUGGCAUGCUACCGACUUCGCGCGCAGAGACACCGCAGCAGUCCGGCUUUCAGGGCUUCCAGCAGCCGCCCAUAACUCAGCCGCCGUCUACUCAACCAUCUCCAUACCCUCAUCUCCAGACCAAUGGCUCGACGAAUGCGACACCCUCUCCCAUCAUGGCGAACCAGAUGCGUCCUGGUAGCGUUCCCCAGCGCGUCGCAUCCUCGUCUCCCCAUCCAUUCUCUCCCGCCGCGCAGCAAUUUCCCCAGACCCCAUCGAUGCCAUCGGAACAUGGCGGUACGCCGCAGCCGUUCAUGCAACAGAACGCAUUCCAGCAAAACUUCAACCCGCAAUUCGCGCCCGGUCAGUCUCCUGCGCGUCCUUCUCCGACUCCAAACCCGAUCGCUGGCCAGAUGAUGCCACAACAGAUGGGCCAGGUGCCAGGGCAAAUGCCAGGUCAAAUGCCUGGCCAGAUGGCAGGUCAGAUACCUGGCCAAAUGGCCGGUCAAAUGCCUGGUCAAAUGCCUGGUCAAAUGCCUGGUCAAAUGCCUGGUCAAAUGCCUGGCCAAAUGCCAGGACAGAUGCCAGGCCAGAUGGGCCAGUUGCCGCAACAAAUGCAGAUGGCAGGUCAAAUACCUGGACAGAUUCCCGGCCAGAUGCCCGGCCAGCUACCGGGGCAGAUGAUGCCCGGACAGUUGCCUGGUCAGAUGCCGGGGCAACUUCCUGGCCAGGUACCCGGACAGAUCCCAGGACAGUUACCCGGACAGAUGCCGGGCCAGAUGCCUGGACAGAUGCCAGUCCAGCUUCCCGGGCAGAUGCCAGGUCAAAUGCCGGGUCAGAUGGUUGGUCAGGUGCCGAACAUUAUGCUCCAGCAGCAAUUGGCUCAGGCUCGGAAUCCGUUGGAGCAGCAGAAGAUUUUGUACCAAAUGCAGUUGCAGCAGCAGCAGCUGCAGCGAGCUAGUAUCCAGAUGCAACAGAUGGCUGCAGGCCAGAACAUGAUGCAAGCGCAGCCAGGCCCGAACCAGGCACAAGCGCAAGCUCGCAACAUGAUGGCCGCCGCUCCGAGACCCGGCAUGCCGAAUGGCCAAAUCCCGCCAGGCGCUAUGAGGCCGCAACCUGGCAUGGCUCCUCAGCCUCUGAGAGCACCUCCGCCGGAUCAAUUCAUGAAACAUCUGACGACUUUCAUGAGCUCUAAGGUUCUCCCGUUCGAGAUGAAUCCGGUCAUUGAAGGUCGCCAGAUUUCCCUCUACAACCUAUUUGCUAUCGUUUAUACAAAGGCUGGCGGUUAUCGCAGUGUGACGCAGAACAAUGCCUGGGUUCAAGUGGCUCAGGCAAUGGGCUUCCAGCCUUCGCAGCUGCCGUCCGCGGCCCAACAGCUCAGAGCAGCAUACGAGAGGAAUCUGGUCAGGUUUGAGGAGGUCUGGACCACGCAGCAGAAGAUGCGCAUGCAGCAACAAGGAGCCAUGGGACAUCCGCAAGCUAUGGGGCAAGCUACACCAACCAAGAUGAUGCCUGGCGGGCAAAUGCCGCCACAGAUGAUGCAGCCUGUCGCCCAAUCGCAACUCCAGCAAGGACUCCAGCCAGGUCAAGUUCAGUCGCCUGUAAAGCCGCCGGGUGCUCAGCAUCCCAAUGGUUUCCCAGCCGGUCAGCCUGUGCCAGGCCAACAGUCGAUGCUUGCCAGCCAAGGACACGUGCGCAACAACUUAUCGCGGACUAUGUCAACGCCUACUGCCGAGGGGUUCCCCAUGCCAUCUCCAGCACAGAGCAAGGCAGGGACCGAAUCACUGCCUGGAUCAACGCAUCCUGAAAGCCAUGGUAUACCUGAACAGGACGUUGUGUUGAAGAUAUCCACGCCGUUUCACACCAAUCCGGAGGAAUAUGUUCCCUGCUCUCAGAAGUUGACGACGUAUGGCGGCCACGAACUCAACGCUUUGUGGAAGAUCGGCGAGGAGCUACAGAGGUCAAAGAUCGAUGUUCCGUCGCCGCUUGAGCUGGGCAAUGUCGAUAUCCACGCCCUUACCAAGAGCAUCCAGAGUGGUAUCCACGGCGAAGUGCGCGUUGCUCUCGACACACUGGCCAUCCUUACCCACAAAGAUCACCACUGGGUCGCACCGAACCACCCAUUCCCCGUUCCUCAGAUCGACUUACGGCAUUGCGAAGAGCUGGUCGAGGCCUUAAUAGAAUGUGCUGAGGAGCAGCUCGACCUGCUUGUCGAGAACUCGGAAGAGACGUCAGACGAGAUCACGGUCCCGUCUUACGAGGACAUUGUGCGCAAUUGCAAGAUCGAGAAGUUCGGCUUACAAAACGUCACGAUGCUCGGCACCAGCGACCACGAUCUCAACCGGGCCGUUGAUCGGCUUAUCUGCAUCACGACUAUCCUUCGUAACUUCUCGUGCCACGAGGAGAAUCAUGGGCCACUUGCCGACGAGACUGUUGUUAAGUUCAUUUGCGUCGUCAUUCGGUACCUGGGCACCCGUGAGAUGCUUAUGCGUACAUACAACGACACUUUGGAUCUCAUGAAGGACCUGGUUACUCUUCUAUCAAACAUCGCCCCUGCAAUCGAGAUUCCCGGUCGGGAGCAGGCUUUCUGCUUGCUUCAGUUCCUUCUUGCCUUCGUCCCACAGCCCGGCCCAACUUGGUCAGAUGGCCGGCUUUUCUUCCCUUCUUACGAGCCCGCCUUGCAUCCUUACCUUCCUCAUGCAGUCGAUUGCCUUGCCAAACUUCUUGCCCGCGACGAGCCGAACAGGACAUACUACAAGACCAUAUUCGCCGCCGAGCCUGCCCUUUCCACAGAUCCUCCCUGCGAGCUCCUCACUCGGACAUUCGCCCUUGCUAUCGCCCCUAUCCCAGACCAUACUCGUGACCAUCGCCAUCCGAUGCCCAGUUUGGUCGAUGUUCGCAAGCCAAUCCUUAUGCAAGGCUUGCUCGCAGCCGAUAUCAUGGCCGGUCUGGCGCCCGGCGCCGACAGCGGUGUUACUCGGGCAUGGCUUGCCUCAGGCGAUGGCUUCGCCCAAAAUCUGUUCCUGCUAACCAGACAGCUCAGUGCGCAAUUCGAAACGGGCACGAUAGUCCAAACUCGGCCUCCUCCCGGGUCAAGAGGCGUCCCUUCCCAGCCUACUGUCAAGAGGGAUAUGGAUUUGCUGUAUAUCAUUGGUCUGGCGAUUAGCAUGCUCAGGAAGCUUUGCGAAAAGGCCAGGGAUCCCUCAGAUCCGGCUUUGGGCGGCAUUCCGCCGAACGUCAUCCCGCCGAAGGAGAGUGUCCUCGGUGCCCUGCAGAUGCAGGCUCAGGAAUGGGGUAAACCAGGUUUGCUGGCGGAUUUGUUGGCUUUGGAGAGCAUGGCGGAAGAAGUGGUUUCCGUUUGA